CGCGAUAGAGAGAUUCAUAGGGUUAGUGAGUGAGAAACCAUAAACCUCAAGAAACAGCAAGCCAAAUCAGGUGCCCUUACAAAAAUGGCGACUUCCCUCAUUGCUAAAAGGGCCACCACUUCCAUAGGAAGAGCUUCUGACCUCUUUAGAACAUCAUUCGCCUUCCUACGCGGUCUUAGCACCACCACCAGCCCCGCCGCCGACGUGGCGUCGGUCGACGGAGCCAAGAAGCCUAAGCGGAAGAAGAAGAAGAACCUAUUCGAGGUGGCCCAGUUUCUUCCCAAUUGGGGCCUUGGCUAUCACAUGGCCAAAACUCACUGGGCCGAGGUCUCCUACGAGAUCACCAAAAUCAAUCUCUACAAAGAUGGAAGACAUGGGAAAGCUUGGGGGAUUGCUCACAAAAAUGGUUUGCCAGCUGCAGAUGCCCCGAAGAAAAUCAGCGGUGUCCACAAGCGCUGUUGGAGAUACAUCCCCAUGACAAAACAAAUAGAACAAAGUGUGCCAAAACAGGAAGCAAGCAUCCCAAAACAAGAAGUGGAAACUGCGUGAUCAUUUUCAAAUUGUCCGUUCGGCCCAGUUUGCAUUAGAAGCUGUAGUCUGUAGAAGCAAUUUAUAUAGCAUUAUGUUAGAUUCCAUAAUGAAGGUCAGUCGGCCCUUUUAAUGGAGAUUCUGUGGAGAAGAUCAAUGGCAAUCAAUCUAGUUUUUCGACCAUCGACUGUGUCGAUAUCUAGACUCCAAUCCUGUAUUUCUGGUGUUAUUGAAGUUGGUUUGAUCAUUAUUCCGGUUUUUCUAUCACAUGAUCACAUUCUUGCUUAGCAUAAAUGUAAACACAUUGUACUCGGCUAAUCUUAAAUUUGAUUAUCAACGUGGUUGAUGAAUAGAAGAUUGAUUUCCUCUUA